UUAGAAUAUCCAUACAAUCACGUUUUUCAGUGGAGUUGCAAGGUUUUAUUUGUACGUGAACCGACUUACUGUGGUAGCUGCUUGUGGUUUCUAGCCACAAAUUUUAUUUUAACGAGAACUUUUUGUAUUGUUAUGAGCUCAAGAUGAGUGGUUUGGUGUCUUUUUGGAACCGCUACAAACUUCUCAUUGUAAUGGUCCCAUCGAUGGUUGUCAUCCAUUAUGCCUGGGCUAUGCUGCAGAUCCACCCACCUGUAACUGACAGUGAAUAUGCAGUGAAACCAGCGAAAUUGUUUGGGAUAACACUGACUAAAGCGACUGAAGAAUCCAAGGAAAAGAACUAAUAAUGUCCUAUUGUUGUCUUUGUACAUAUUUGUAAUUAAUAAAAAUGUUUAGGAAAAUCAAGUUUGUUUAUCUGCAAACAGCAACGUGGGUAUCCCGCAAUAAACUUGCCGGAUUUAUGGGAAUAUUUACAGCCGUAUAUUUAGGCACAAUUCCUUUUCAUAAGCCGAAGAUGGAAUUGUCGGCUGAGAGAGCUGAGCUUAUCAAAGCAGCCAGACAGUCAUUAAAAGACACAUAACAGUAGUUAUUAACGAAAAUGUCACGCCUUUUAUCCAAAAAUAUUGGUGGACCAGCAACGCUUCACAUUCACCACCUGGAUGAUGCCAAAACAAGAACCUGUCUGACCCAGUUCCGGGACCUCGUCGGCUCUUGUCGAGGUCCCAGUGGGAAGAUCAAAAUGAUCCAGAAUAAAGUGGGUGGUCACCUGACUCUCACCUCGACAUCAUCCAGGCUUCUUGCAGCGAUGUCCUUCUCUCAUCCAGUUCUUCAAAUGGUUGUUGGUAGCACUCAGAAUCACUUGGCCAAUUUUAAAGAUGGUGGAUUGUUACUUUGUCAUUUUUGUCUUCUUUUGCUAGAGAGUUCUCUUGAUAAGACUUGGAAUAGGCGUCAUGUUGUUGCAGUUUAUGAAAACUGCUUGUCAAAGAUGGAAGAGUAUUUGAGUUCUUCAGACUGUGUCUGUCGGUUUGAAGUCAGUAUUUCAAGCAUAGAUGAGAUGAUGUCAUUCUUGCAUUGCAUACUGAGUUCAAAACCACUGUGUUGUUUAGGUGAUGCUGGACUUGAUCAUUUGUCCAAGACGAUACUUAGAUCAUUCUUACACUCAAUACCGGAGAGUACACAAAGAAUAUAUUUUUCCGAUAGAAUAUAUAUUCAGUGCAUGUCAAACAAUGUUUUACUUGAUUCCAAAUUUGAAAAAGGAAUCUUGAUGAUUUGUCCAGAGUUAUCUUCUAUUUUUGAACAGAAUAUUGAAGUGAAAAAAACGGUUGAUUAUGUUGGGGUUGAAAAAAUUAAAGUAGCGUUGGUGAAUGUCUCAAUGUCUGGUGAUGCGGAGGAGUUGAUGGAUGUUCACUACGAAGCUGACAGAGAUGUGGAUGUAAAUGAAAGCAUGCUAUCUGCAAUCCUGAACACCUGCGAAGGGUUGGUGCAACGUGGCGUUGGAAUGGUGCUGUCGCAGAAGGUCAUUCAUCCGAGAAUAAAAGCAUAUCUUCGAUCCUGUGGUGUUUUCUUUCUAGAUAGAAUUGGAGCACUUCUGAUGCCUUACCUGAGGGAUGUUACAGGUGCCACUCCACUGAGCUCAGUUGUUAUUCCUGACUUUGGGUCUAGUUCAUUUGGCUGGCUGGAUGAUGCAGUUCACUGUGUUCUCAGCGGUAAGAGUUAUCUCCACCUCACAAAUACAGACAGUCCUGUGGUGUCGUUGGUUCUUUGCAGUCCACUGGAGGAAGCAUGCAGUGAGCUUCAGUGUCUGUGUUCAUCUGCUCUGCUAUCUCUAAAGAGACUUGUACACAGUGGUUCAGUGCUGUGUGGUGGGGGAUGUUGGCAGACACACCUUGCAGCUGUUCUACGAUCACAGAUGGAUGACAUAUCAAACAUAAUGAACUUGCCGACUCUGCAGCUCACAAAUAUUGUAGAAAACUUUGCCAGAUGCUUGGAAAAAUCUGCCACUUCUCUCAACCAUGACCAAGAAAUGCAUAUGGUGGACAAAAGUCAAGGUCAUCUGUGGAAGACAACUUAUGGAACAUUUGAUCAAAAUUCACCAACAAAAAACCCUGUUAUGAAGUGUUCAUGUAGUCUGUUGUCAACACACCAAUCUGAUGACCUCAGACUCUUGGGUGAUAAAGUGUCUGAAAAAUCUGAUUGUGACUCCACCUGUACAUCAAAUCUAAACAUAGGCAAAAAUCCACAAAUAGUUGAUAGUUUGGCUGUGGCUUUGAGUGCUGUGCAGACAGCUGUUUAUACUGCUAACAGUAUUUUGAUGACACAUCAGUACAUCCAGGAUGAAGGUUAAUGUCCUGCCAAUCAUCCGGGUCCAGUUGUUCACAUGAUUAAGGAGCAUGUUCAAAAUAAAGCAUUAAAUUAAUACAAGUAGCAGUUCGAGAGCAGUGCUGAAACCAGGCUACAGAUUUUUGAAGAUAUCUUAGCGUUACAAUAUCGUAAAACCGUUGUAAGCUUUGACGACACAACGAUGCAUACUAUAGCCUACAACGGUUUUAUGAUAUCGUAAUGCUAAGAUAGCUUCAAAAAUCUGUGCCCCGAUUUAGAACAACCUAUGAUAUCUGUAAUAAAUCCUAACUGGUUGGAGUUUUGGUGAUUUGUUUUUGAAUUUUAUUUUUCAAACAUAUUCAAAAGAUCAUGUCAAUUUAUGUUUUAAAAAAAUGUUUUUGUUGGAUUUAUUUUUGAUUUUGGGCUUAACCACAUAUUGAAUAACUGGACCCAGAUGUGGAAGGGUUUUUCCAGACAUGGCUCUGUGGUGAGUGAGGAGAAGCAGCAUAAUUAUUUUAAAAUUUUGUUGGAUCUGUUACUCUUUUUUUUUCUUUUCUUUUUUAAAUGUAUAAAUAUCUUAUGCACCUUUACUUUGUUUUUUAGUGCACAGUUUAAUAUAUUUUGUGAUUU